AUGGUGCAUAAAAAGGCAGAAAUUGAUCAAAGACUCGUCAUCGGGUUGCGUUUCAAACAUGAGAAACGUAAUCAUUCCAAAGCAUCAAUGGGAUCACAACUCAUGCUCGGAUACAAUGAACAGAUUCCAGCGAUGAAUUCGUCCACGCUCUUUCCCUCCCAACCGUUGAUCUCAUCAUGCGUGUCCUCUACCAACCAAAUCGUAGCACUUCCACAGCUUUGUAGUCAACCCAUCAACUCGGGUACUAUGAUGCCCCUCCUGGUCCAUGGGCACACUACGCCACUGCAAUCCCGUGAAUUCGGUCUAGAAGCCUCUAAUUUCCAGUUUUGGUGUCACUACAUGCUUUUAUCAAAGCUGUUUGACUUGCUAAGCAUAGCCACACACACAAGUACUGUCAGGCCUACCGAUAAUGCUCCCACCUUUCCUAUUGUCAGAGAGGCAAGAAUCAAGAAUGAGGACGACAUGAGUGACAACCGCAUCUGUUAUACUACAGUUCCGAUUAGGGCAAAUGAUGAAGGAGUGGACAGGGAAGAGCGACCGAUAUGGAAAUGCCGAGAGUGUGGAAAGGCAUGCAACAGCUCCGCUUCUCUGCGAAUGCAUGAGCAAAGUCACUCACGCCAGUGGAAGUGCCGCUUCUGUGGUAAGGCGUUCUCGCGCAAAUGGCUACUUGAGGGUCACGAGCGCACGCACACAGGCGAAAAGCCCUUCAUCUGUCCCGUCUGUCAACGUAGCUUUGCCGAUCGGUCAAAUAUGCGGACGCACAUGCAGACACACAUGGCGGUGAAGCACUGUUGCUGUCCUCACUGCCCCCGAUCAUUCAUCCGUCGCGAUCUACUCAUCCGACACUUGAAGAAGUGUCCAGUUUCCACUCUUGCUGCAACCACCGUUACCAAUGAUGCUCCCACUACCGGCAUCGUCAACACAGCAUGUGAUUUUGACUCCAUCAACUCAACUUCUUGA